AAACGUCAGUCUUCCACACGUGUUUUUGUUUACCGGUGAAGAGUCGCGGUUCUUCACGCGUUUUUCGGAAUUUUGCCAAUUUUCGCUAAAUUUUCAUGGAAAAAAGUGUUAGAAAUAUCUGAAAAAGUCUCGGUUGCAGUUUAAUUAGUGAUAGACGCCAUGGACACGGAAGAUCCGAACGUUCUUCCCGGGUUUUCCAUCGAAAAUGCCGACCUGGACUUCGACGACGACGACGAUGUGAUCGGGAAGAAGGGUAAGAAGAAGAAGGGAGGCGGAUUCCAGGCCAUGGGCCUUAGCAUGCCGAUCCUGAAGGCCAUCCUGAAGAUGGGCUAUAAGGUUCCUACGCCCAUUCAGCGUAAGACUAUUCCGUUGAUUCUGGAGGGUCGUGACGUGGUGGCAAUGGCAAAGACUGGUUCCGGUAAGACCGGCUGUUUCCUGAUUCCGUUGUUCGAAAAGCUGAAGCAACGGGAGAUUAAAUCCGGUGCCAGGGCGCUGGUGUUGACCCCGACUAGGGAGCUGGCUAUUCAGACGUUCAAGUUUAUCAAACAGCUGGGGAAGUUUACGGACCUGAAGACGAUUCUGGUGCUGGGAGGAGAUUCGAUGGAUUCGCAAUUUGCGGCCAUUCACACGCUGCCGGAUAUCAUUGUGGCCACGCCGGGUCGAUUCCUGCAUCUGUGCGUCGAGAUGGACCUGAAGCUGUCGUCGGUGCAGUACUGCGUGUUUGACGAAGCGGACAGACUUUUCGAGAUGGGCUUCGGGGAACAGCUGACGGAGACCCUGAGGAGAUUGCCCGAGGCCCGGCAGAUGGUUCUUUUCAGUGCGACGCUGCCCAAGUUGAUGGUGGACUUUGCCAAGGCGGGACUGAGCGAUCCGACGUUGAUCCGGUUGGAUGUGGAGUCGAAAAUUCCGGAAGCGCUGGAUUUGAAGUUUGUCUACUGCCGGCCGGAUGAGCGAUAUGCCACGCUGUUGAUCUUGCUUCGGGAGGUCAUUCCGAGGAGUGCCCAAACGGUUCUGUUCGCCGGGACGCAGCAUCACGUCGAGUUGAUUUCUUUGAUUCUAACACGAGCCGGAAUUCCAAAUACCUAUGUUUUCUCGAGUCUGGAUGCUUCGGCCCGAAAGAUAAACACCGCAAAGUUUACCAUGAAGAAGGUGAACGUUUUGGUGGUGACGGACAUUGCUGCCCGUGGUUUGGACAUUCCUUCCCUGGACUACGUGGUGAAUGUGCACUUCCCUGGCAAGCCGAAACUGUUCGUCCAUCGAGUCGGUCGUUGUGCCCGUGCUGGACGAAGUGGAACGGCCUACAAUAUCUUCUCCAACGACGAUAUCGCCCACAUGAUCGAUCUGCACAUGUUCCUCACCAGGCCAUUGGUGCUGAGUGACGCCCGCUGCAUUGGAGUUGCCCCGCCGGAUAUGGUCGAGGCGGAACAUCAACUGGUGCUGGAUUACGUGAAGCACAUCGAUCUGGCAACGGCGUUCCGCAUCAGUAACAAUGCCUAUAAGCAGUACAUUGUGACCCGGCCGGCAGCUUCCGCCAGUGCCAACAAGAAGGCCAAGCAAUUUAAGAUAGGAGAGCUGCAAGUGCUAGAGGAUUUCGGCAAGGUGAUGGAGAAGUUGAACGAAGAUAAGAAGGCCGACAAGCAGAAGAAGAAACAGAAGAAGAUAGAUGCUGCUCAGAAAAAGCAAUCAACUGUUAAUCCGGAUGAAUUCCGCAGUAGUUUCCUAGCUCAGAUGAAGAACUACCGGCCGCAGUCGACAAUUUUCGAACUGAACCCGAAGAACAACGCCAAGGAGGUGGUGGUGAUGGCCGAGAAGCGAAACAAGGACACCAUCAAAAUCGAGAAACACAAACAGAAACAGUUGGAACUGGAACUGGAGGAACAGAAAAAGGCAUCCGCCGAAAAUGUGCCAGACGAAGACGAAUAUCCGAAGAAAAAGAAACGCAAACCAGUUAAAGAUGAGGAAAACUUUAUCUCCUAUCAGUCCAAGGAUGCCGUCGAAGAGGACGGCUACGCUAUCAAUAGCUUUGCCAAGGAGGCCAAUUCGGCGGAACUUACGGUCAUUGGCGACACGGCCGCAGACCAACGGUCCCACCAGCGGCUGCAAAAGUGGGAUCGCAAGAAGAAGAAGAUGGUCAACGUGGUCAAUCCCAAGGCGGGUAAGAUUCGAACGGAGCAUGGCGUCUGGAUUGCGGCUUCGUACAAAACCGGCCGGUACGACAAGUGGAAGGAGCGCACCAAGGUUGAUGAGCAGAUGGCCCGCCAACGGCAGGACAGCGAUGGCAGCGACGGAGAGGAGGCCGUGUCCGUACAGAAGCACGACUAUCCGCAUACCCACUGGGGUCGACACAACGCCAAGCUGGAUCAGAAGAAGAUGCGCGAUUUGGGUCUGAAGUCCGCGGACCAGAUCGUGAAGGAGCGGAUACAGAAGGAGACCAAACAGGCCAAGGAGAGGGUGGCACGGCUGCGCAAUUUGGCUCGGAAGAAGAAAACGCUGGGAAAGAAGAUGGCGAAGUCGAAAGGCAAGUAGAACCAGGUAAAAAGUUAGAUUUGUAUAUUGAGCACUCAAUAAGAUGUCUUAAAAUUUUUGAUAAAUUUA